AAGUGAUGUCGCUAUCGGCGAAAUGAGUGACAAUUGUUAUUGAUUACCAGAAACAUUUCUCUUUCCGUGUUUGCAAAUAAAUACAUAAUUAUUGUACAAAAAAGGGAAUUUGGUAAGUAAAACUUAUCCAAUUUUAUUUUCCUAUAUACCCUUCUAAGUCACUUGUUAAAUAUUUUAAAAAAUCUCCAGAAUAUAAAGAAAUAUGAAUUCCUGAAAAAUUGGCAUAUUUAUGGUUUAUUUUUGAAGGUGCAAUUCGGUUCAGGGUUCCGAUGUUGAAGCAGAGGAAGAAAAUGCAUCUUACGAUGAAGACGUACUUGAGGCCGACGAUGAUGAUCAAUCGCCAGACUUCAAGACAGAACUGGCCAAUUUGGUCAAACGCAAUGACUGCUCUAAUGAUUUUACAGACAAUUUACUUAAUCUCCUGAGAAAGAAUGGACAUACAGAAUUGCCAAGUGACAAGAAAAGUCUUGUGACCAAGCGUCAGCACGCUAAAUUAUCUGACAACACUGCAUUGUCGAAGAUCUUGGAAAACCAGAAGAUUAUGAUUAAAAAUCAAAUGUUGAUUAUGGAACAGAUGAAAGCACUGGCCAGAUCUCAUGCUACUCAGAGGAUCAGGCUUGCUGGUCUCACCGAAAGGAUGGACAAAGUUUUUACAGUUGACGAAAUCAAUAGUCCCAAGAUAGAAGCUCAACUCUUCCCAAUGAAAACUCUCGAUGACUUUGAUGAAUUCAACAACAAUCUCCUUGAUGAAACCUUCAAGAGGAAAGUGUAUCCACAAAUCGUAAAAGCCAUGCAGAAUUCAUCGUGGCUGUUCUUGUUGUUGAAUGAUGAUGUUCUCUUUCAAUACAAUUUAAAUGGAAACUUCAAUAAGAGAGCUCUUCGUGGGUCAAAUCUCUAUAAACUUAUUGAGGCAAACUAUGGUGAUCACGAUUUUUUGAAAGAACGACACCUUCAGGCUCUUAUUAAGCAAGCUCAUACACGCCAAAAUACCAAGAAUUCGAGGGCCAGAGACAAAUUGAGGAAGAUGGCUAUGAAAGACGAAUAUAUCCAAGAAAAUGAUUCUUAUGAAUAAACCCAAAAAAACCCAUUAAAGUCGAUAAAGGUAAGAAAGAAAAAAAACUUCCUUUGAAAAAACACGAAGUAAUUUUCUUGGAUUCCUCUUUAUUGCUAUCUGAAUUCACAUGGAUUGUCAAGUGUUUGAUAUGCAUAUUUUCUUAUGAAUGAGAGAAGACAAAUGGAAAAUGAAUUAUGAUUUUUUAAAAGAAAAAAAUAAAUGACUUAUAAGAAAACGUAA